AUGGAGCAGCGGUACCCCAAGUUAGGCCCCGCCUUGCUCCGCUGCCAAGCGCGGGUCCACGCGGCGCCCAAGUCAUCGCUGUGCGCCUCACUGCAGGAGGCGCGUGCGCGGACUCGCGGCGCCGGGGUGCCACGCAGCUUGGGAGUGAGUGCCUACGAGGUCUGA